AUGUUUCAGAUUUGCCCUUCUCGAUUCUUAGGCACUUGGUACCGCAAUGCAGCAGGCAACGCUGGGCGGGGCGGACACCGCGGACACCGAAACUUUAUCGACUCCUAUGUCUACCCAACCCACUAUGCCGAGCAAGCAGAGUUGCAGAAGACCACAGGUGGUGAUCUGUUGCACUUACUGAAAGGCUCGGCCAAAAAGCAAGCGAAUUGGUUCGACGCCUCGGUAAGUCAGUAUGAUGCCUAUGGCCGGCCCAAGUCGCCAUAUCCUGGAAAUCCAGCGAUGCUGUUGCACGACGGAUACCGACAGCAGGCGGUGAACAGCACCUUAGCAUGCCAAAGUGGCGGCUGCAACGCUACAGCGGAGUUGAGCUUCAGCCAGGAGGGUGAUCUCCAAAACUGCAAGCUCAGUGUAAAGGUGAAACCGACGGACUUCGGCGUGAACAAGGUUGUAGAAUUCAUCACCGUGAACGAUCACACGGUGAGUCUCAACUGUCAACCACCUUCCAGCGAUUGUAGCGAGGCCGACAAGCUCACCUCACUCUUCGACUGUGUCUUCGAAAUCGAUGUUCAGCAUUUGCUGAGCAACCGAUCUUUGCAGCUUUCAGCCAAGAUCUCCGACGGGGUGAACAAAAGUGAUUGUGCGUACAAGGGCAAUCUGCUGUACGCAGUGCCGCAGGUGACUUGCCUUGUGGGCCCUGUGCCCGGUGUAGCCAUGAACAUCAGUGACGUGCUUGCGCGGCCCGUUGCCACACCAAUCAAAUUGAAUCAGAAGCUGAAGUCCAGAAAGGCUGCGUCGCGGCAUUUGCGUGUCAAACAGCAGUAG